AUGAGCUCCGAUCUUUAUAGACUUACAGCUAGUGAGAUCUCAGCAAAGAUCAAAGCGGGCGAAACUUCAGUCGAAGAAUACGCAAAAUCACUUCUGGCACGCAUCGAAUCGCGCAAUGAAGCUGUCCAAGCAUGGGCGUACCUCGACCCCGAAUACGUUAUCAAGCAGGCGAAAGCACUCGAUGCUAUCCCAGCAGCUGAGCGCGGUCCGCUACAUGGCGUUGCUAUCGCUGUAAAAGAUGUCAUCUACACCAAGGAUAUGCCUACACAGUUCAAUUCACCCAUAUAUGCCAAUGAUGCGCCUCAAGUGGAUGCUGGCUCCAUAGCGAUUCUACGCAAGAAUGGUGCACUCAUCUUCGGCAAAACAACGACCACCGAGUUCGCGGCAACAACCACGGGCCCAAAGACACGAAAUCCACACGACCCGAAGCGCACGCCUGGUGGCUCUUCAUCCGGAUCUGGUGCCGCAGUGGGCGACUUCCAAGCACCUAUUGGUCUAGGCACGCAGACUGGGGGCAGCACUAUCCGCCCUGGCUCUUACAAUGGCAUCUACGCCCUCAAACCCACAUGGAACUCCAUAACUCGCGAAGGCCAGAAAAUCUACUCUCUGAUUCUGGAUACGCUCGGUCUCUAUGCCCGUAGCGUGGCUGAUCUAGAACUCCUCGCCGAUGCCUUUGCCAUUCACGACGAUGCUGCGCCUCCAACAAACUUCACCGUGAAAGGCGCAAAGUUCGCUCUUCUCAAAACUAUGGCCUGGCCGAACGUAGGCCCUGGUACCUCUGCUGCACUUGACAAAGCCGUCUCGCUACUCCGUGCGCAUGGAGCUGAGGUUGAGGAGAUUAAUUUCCCUGCGUAUCUGAACGAGCUACCUAACUGGCAUGCAACAGUACUCAACUCUGACGGUCGGACUGCAUUUCUGCCGGAGUACACGGUGGCCAAGGACGAGAUAUCAGAACAGCUCGUAGGUCAUGUUGAAAAUAGCGGAAAGAUCUCACGCAAAGCGCAAAUUGAAGCCUUUGAUGAGAUUGCUGCAGCAAGGCCGUUUGUAGACGAUGUGCUUGGCAGGUACGAUGCAGUACUUACACCGAGUGUGCCAGACGAGGCGCCGCUUGGAAUCGAGAAGACGGGCAGUGCGGCUUUCUGUUUGAUCUGGACAGCACUGCAUACACCAGUAGUAAACGUUCCGGGAUUCAGAGGCGAAAACGGAAUGCCAAUUGGAGUAUCCCUUGUCGCGCCUCGCUACCAUGACAGACGUCUGCUCGCAGUAAGCAGCAAGGUUGGUGAGAUCUUUGAAGCAGAGGGUGGAUGGAAGCCUUCUGUAUAG